GCACAUGGCAAUACUAUAUAUGAUUAAUGUUGUUCGUUGCCUUGUAAUCAUGGUGAUUGAUUCGGUCUGCCUCAAAUAAGCAAAAAAACUAUAGUUUCUUUUGAUAAUGUAGAAAAAUCGGUGUAUACAAGUGUUCGAAAGUGUUUUUUACCUAACCAAACAUUAAAAUUAAGGGCAUAUAUACCCGUUAAGCAUAGUAAAUAUUGUGUUAGUAGAUGUGAUAAGGACGAUAAGAGAUUACUGUUGGAAACGCGCUAGUUGGUAAUUGUUGGCAACAACGUCUGAUAUGAUGCAGAUGCGUAAGCGCUCUCAACAAAACAAAAAAGCGGAUAUUCGGUCAACUCGUUCAAUAAACAUAAAAAAAAACAAAUAUAUGGCAUAUAUAUAUACCAGUUGUGUUUUACAUAUGCGAAGAUAUGUAGUUUGAACUGAAUGUGAAUGUGAUGAUUACAUAUUUGUGUACACGUUUAGAUUUUAUCACGAUUUUUAUGUGUUGGUGUUUGCAUGCAAUGCGUUGAAUUAUUUUUGUGUAAAAACGGAAACUCUGGAUUUUCUUGUGUGUGAGAGAAAUGUCUCAAAAUGUCUUGUUCUGGUUGAACAUACUAGUAUAGCGCCUUCAUAUUAUUAGAUUUUAUUGUGAAUCUGUUCGGAUGCGUUAAAAAGGGCGUUCUGUUUUUUUUAUAUAUAAUUAUUAAUUAAUUUAUAACAUUGUAUAUUGUUUUAAGAUUGUGAAGUGCUUAAAUUGUGUGAAACAUUAAUUUCAUAUAAUCCAAUAACUAUGUGUAAUGUACCACCUAAGUUCUUUCAAGUUUGUCGUUUAUGCCUUACUUUGGUCAAAGAGCAUGACGUUGAGGUGCUGCAAAUAUUUAAUUCAUCAUCAUCAGCAGCUACGGCUACAGCUACGGCGACGAAUGAUACGUUUGGCUCUGAAAAUGAAGCUAAAGAAAUCACGGAAAAUACCCCCAACCAACAGUUUCACCACCAUCACAAACAUCAUCGUCAUAUCCAAUCACUACAUUACGGAAGGCCACAAAGUAGCUGCAGCACAAAAAAUGAUUGUAGCUCUGAUAACCUAUCUCUAUCCCCUGUAGCAAUUUAUAAGAGUGAGGAAGAGAUACCAGAUAAUAAACUAAGUACAUUUGUGCCGAUUGUGCCUUCUUCCAUUGCUACAACGGAGACUUCUACAUAUGGAAUCGGUCAAUUGAUGUCUAAAUCAUUGGAAAAAAACGAGGUGGGGGGCUUUUCAAUAACUAAUCCACAAAUACAAGUAGAAAAUGCCACACAUGUGAAACGCAAGAUUACAUUAUCCAAUGAUAACGAAGAAGGCAAAAGCAAUGAUGGCAUAUCUCUGGGAGAGGAGGUGUUCAAGAAGGAAAACCAUGAUGAUUCAUCACCACAUAUUACCAUUCAAAUACUCAGCUGUCUCUCUAUAAAGAUUUCUCCAGGCGAUGGUUUGCCCGCCAUUGUGUGUAGUAACUGCAGAACACAAUUGAAUGCAUUUUGGAACUUUCGAUUGAUGGCUCAAAAAGCAGAUUUUACAUUAAAAGAAUUAACGAAAUUCUCUAAACACAAUUCUGCCGAACCCGAUACUCGUUUCGCAGCUCACUCAAAAUCGCCACCUUGCGGCAAAUCUUCUUCCGAACGUAUGGCAGCAAAGGCUUUAACCGAAUUAAGUAAAUCCUCGAAAAACUAUUUUGCUAAUUAUAAACCCCUAAUCGCUACUGCCGAUAAUUAUGCUGAAGCAAGCACACAUGCACCAGCAGUGGUUACUAAAGCGCUACAUAAAUCGAAUAUAAAUGAAGUUGAUGAUAUUUACAAUACUGCAUCUUGUUCUUCUAAAACUCCGCCCAUAAUGCGUAAAAAAUUACGCGCGUUAUCACCACCAUUAGCGCCGCCUUUGCCGCCACCACCGCCACCGUUACUGCAAACCAUAAUAUCGGGUGAAACGAAAACCGCCAGUGUCGGUGUGAGUCCAGUAACAACGGAUGAAAUAAUGUUGGAAAAUCGUGCGACCACAGAGUAUUAUGCAAAUGAUAAUACUACGUCAAUGAGUUAUGAUGGUCUUAUUUCGCCAAAUACGAUUGCAAAUAGUUUAAUAAAUUUGAAAAAUGAAAAUUUACAACAAAAACUCGAAACGGCUGCUGUGCUUAUGGAUAUUAGUAAAAAAGUGAUCAUAUCACCACCAUGCUCGAAUCGUCAGUCUCCAAAUCUACCUUCAAUGCAAACAACAACAGAUGAAAGUAUUAUUAAAAAUUCUGUGAUAAAAAAUGAACGUCCAUCAAAUGAAAAGACAACAACAACAACAACAACUACAGCAACAACGGUAACAGCAACCGUUACUACAACCCAGCAAGAUGGCAAGGAAAUAGACUUAUCAAUUAAGAAAGCGAAACAUGAAUUCUCAAAUACACAACCAAUUGCAACAGCAACAACCACAACAACAACUAUAUCUCAAUUAUUACAUUACACACGUCCUACAAUACUCGAAUUGCAACAGCAACAGCAACAACAAAAACAACAGCAACAACAACAACAACAAACACAUAUACAACCUGUAAAUUUAGAAUUAGAAACAACAAGUAUUAUAAAAGGAGGAAUUGAAAUUACAAAUAGACCUUGUAGUAGUACCCAAUUAACAACAAUACCAAUUAAAAAGGAAGCAACCAACGCAUACACAGACUCCGAUGAGAGUUCCGAUUCGAAUCGUUUGGAAAUGGAUAUGAGUUCGAUGUUGAAUGAACGCAAAACACCGGAUAGUAUAACGUCGGAGGAGCAGGCAACAGAUGUUGCGACCACACAAUUGUGGCAGGCGCUUGCACGUUCAGCUGCAAAUAACGAAAACAAUCAACUGCUCCGACAUAUGAUACAUCAAUCACUUGUAUUCCCUGCGCCGUCUGCUGCUAUAUCCGCUGAGAAUGUACCUGAGGAACCAAUGGCAUUGUUGAAGAAUGAUAAUAUCAAUAAAUUAUGCCGCCGAAAGCAAACCUGUCCGACGAAAAAUGAUACAAUUGACCAACUGCCUAAUAUAAUGGCUGCUAAUGCGCAAAAUCUCGAAAUGAGUGCCAGUACACAUAAUCAAGUUGCAGUGGCGGCCGCUGCUGCAGCAGCUGCUGCUGCCUCCAUGCAUGAUAAGAAGAACAACAAGAAUGCUAGCGCUAGUGCCAGCGCCAGUCCCAGUGCAGCCGGUAUUAUAAGCAAUCCAAAGGAUAUGUCCUGCUCCAAUUGUGGCACACUCACCACGACUAUUUGGAGACGUAGCAUUCGUGGUGAAAUGGUAUGCAAUGCAUGUGGCCUAUACUUUAAAUUGCAUGGCAUAAAUAGGCCGCAUUCGAUGCGACGUGAUACGAUACACACACGGCGGAGACGUCCGAAGGAGUGUGAAAAGUCGAAGAAGAAAAAUAAACGCUCAAGUUCACCAUCCGAUGUCUUGUGCAAAAUACCGAUUUGUGGUACGAGUGGCGCUGCAGUUGAGCUCAAGCAAAAUGUGUUCUUAACAGUUGAAAAUCCGGAACCAUCUGGUUUUUCCUUUGCGAAGUACAAGCGACACAUAGACGAGGAGCGUGCGAAUAUCAUAAAAGAUGGAUUGCUUAAGAAAAGGAAACUGCAACAAGGUACGAUUAAAGGGGAAUUCAAUCAGAUGGAUGAUUUUUUAGUACCUCUUAAUCUUGUCUCCAGUGAAAAUAAUACUAAGUUAACAUAAAACGCCAAAUCAGAGAAAUCAAAUCAAAAUAACGAAAUAAUAAUUACAAAAAAAGCAAGAAGUUACAAAAAGAAAAAAAUCAUAAUAAAAAAAUUAAAAAAAAAAACAACAAAAAAUGCGAAAGUUUAGCAAGUAGACUAUGAGUGCCGCGCAAGCAGAAAAAUUGGUUAUAAACAGCAACAAAUUAAUUAAAUAAAAUUAAAGAAAAAAAUUAAGAAAACUUAAAAGCAAAGCAAAGGGAGGGAAAUUACAGAGCAAAGUAAGAAUAGAAACGAAUACCAAAACAGCAAUGAAACAAUGUUUAUAUAGAGUGGAAGGGAAAGCGAUGUUUUAACAUUAAUUAAUUAAUUAAUUAAAUAAUUAAUUUAACCAAGGGCAUAUAUACUUAAUAAAUACAAUUUUAUAAGUUAAUAAUUUAUUGUAUAAUUAAAAGUUAAAAACAAACAAAACAAAAAAAACGAAGCUUCAGUAUUUUUUGAACCACAAUGACAAUGUUUAUUACGAGUACUACCCCAUUACUUAAAUAGUAGAAAUGCUUGUUUUACAUAUACAAAGAAAAAAAAAAAAACAAAAACAAAAGUACAUAAAUAUAUGUAUAUAUAUGAAAUGAAAAUAAGGAGAAUUGUACAUAUUUAACAAAGCAAAUUAUUUGAAUCUGAACAAAGCAAAAACCAAGCAAAGCAGAAAAAGCAAAAAAAUUUGCAAAAGCAAAAACAAAAACAAAAAUAGUUAAUACACACACUCACUUUAAAAUCUCUUGCCUAUAUGCGAAUCAUGUGAUAAUUACUUACAUUUAAUCUAUAAUAUCGAACUUAUUAAUCUUAUUAAAAAACAAAAACAAAAAAACAAAAAACAAAAGAAAGCAAUAUAAAUUUCACAUACAGGGUGUUUUAUUCGCAUAUAUUAAUGGACAAUCACAGAAAGGUCUUAUUACUCAAAGUUCAAAAACUUUAAAAAAAAAAACGUACAUAUGUACAUACCAUACCAUACAUGCAAACAAUAUGAUGCAAAAGCAACAAAAAAAAAAUUAUCAAACAAAAAAAGUAAUCACAACAACAAAUUAUAAUAUGAGAGUAAUGUCUAACAUUAGCAACAUAUUUAAUUAUUAUAACAAUUACUUACAAAUACUUAUGUAUAUAUUUUUAAGGCUUGUAAUUUUGUCCACAUAUUUAUUACAAUUACUUAAUUACAUACUUUUUUCACGGUAGCACACCAAAUAUAAUAUAUAUAUAUAUAUACAUAUAUUGAAAAAAAAGAAGAAAAUAUUACUAAUAUUUAACGUACACAAAGAGCAAAUGUAUUAUUAUCUGCAACACUUAAGUCGUUAAUCGAUGUUUAUGUUUGAGCUGUUUUAUCAGUAUUAUUGCAGAUAUAUACAUACAUACAUAUAUAUAUAUAUAUAUUUUAUAAUAAUAAUAACAAAUGCUUGAGUGCAUCAAGCAACUUGAGCAACAAACAACGCUUUCAAAUGAAUAUUAUACAAUUGUGUAUAUAUGUAUUUUAUAUAGUAUAGCGGCAGGUAUAUAUGUAUAUACACACACAUUAUGUAUAUAUAUAAGCGUAACGACCACGCCCUCUCAAUGUGUAAACUAUAUGUUACUACUUUUCAUACUCCACUCGACACACGCUCCUUUUCUGCGCUCAUUUACUUAUUAAUGCUCUUGCGAGAGCGAAGCUCAAGAAAUAUGCGAAUUUAUUAUGAAGAUUUUCGAACUUAACUUAGAUCGUUGAACGAUGCAAUUAUGUACAUACCGUUAUGUGUAUGUAUGUGUGUAUGUGUGUUUAUAUGUCAUAUUUCUUUUAAUACUUGUUUCUGUAUUUGUCGUCGUAUUGUAACUGUAACUUUAGUUAGCAUAGAGCAGCUUAGUAUUUCUAAUUUUUUUGUGUUUUUGUUGUUGGUUUUUUUUUUUGUUUUGAAAGCGUUUUUUAGCGUAAAUGAAAGAUUUAAAGCAUAUGUAUGUAUAUCUAAAUCCGAGCCGAGCCGCAACAAGUGUUUUGCUAGCUAACAGUAUAAAUAAAAAACGUGCGUUAGGCAUACUUUUAGGCGUAGAGACAUAGGCACUAACACAUAGUACACACACACAGUACGUAGGUUUUUGUUUUUUUUUUACACAAAUACUUGAUUUUGCAACUCAGUGAAAAUGUGUGAUUUAAAAAUAAAAAAAAAAUUGCUUUAAAGUUUGCUAAAGAAUUAUAAAAAAAAAAAUAAAAAAAUAAGAUUUUUAAAAAAUUAUUAUAGACAUGAAAAAAAAGAAUUUUCAAAAAUUAUUAUAGAAACGAAAAAAAAAUUCAAAAAAUGUUACGAACAAUUUUUUUUAAUUAAAAAAUAAACAAAAAAUAUUUCAAAUUAAAAAAAAUAUAUUUAAAAUUAAAAAAAAAAAUUAUUUAAUAAAUAUUAUCAAACGCAUAUUUUUUUUUAAUAUUAUAUGCAACUCGAAUUUCAUAAAAGCUGCUUGGUUGACUAAUUUCUUAUUUUCUUAUGUAAAUUAAUAAAACGUUUUUCUGUUGAAAAAAAACAAAUUGGAAUUUUAACGGUUUUUAAACAUAAAUCAAAUUUAGAAUUUGAAAGGAAUUUAUAUAAUAUAAUAAUUAGUUGUAGGGCAUUUAAAAUUGCAUUCUCAAAAGAAAAAAAAAUACAAAAAAAUAUUUUCAAAUUGAUAUUAAAAAUUUGUAUAUUUUUUUUAUAAAUAUAUAAAGCGUGAUCUACUUUGUAUUCGAAUUCAUUAAAGCUGAAUUUUUCUGAAUUAAAAAAAAAUCUAAAACCUAAAAAACAAACGAAACCCAAAAAGUAGCGUAGGCACGGACUUCAAAUUAGGCAUAAGGAAGUCUUUAAAAAAGCAAAAACAAAAACAAAAUUUAUAAGCAUUAAAACUAAAACUUGAUAAUCAAAAAAAAAAUUUUAAGUAUUCGCUAUUGCAAGAACAAUUUAGGUAGGUUUUUUCUCUCUCAUACACUCACACACAGACACUGUUUUUUCUCACCUUUUUAAGUAUGUAUAGUACAGUAAACUUAUGAGAAUUUGCAGAAAAAACAAAUAACAAAAAUAUAUAUAUAUACUAUAAAAAAAUAUUUAUAUUAAAACAAAAACAAAAAAAAAAAUUGUAAAAAAUUUUCAAGCCCCUGCGAGGCCGUGUGACAAUUUAAGCGCACUUACAAAUUGAGAUUAAUUUUUAUUAAAAACAAAAAAAAUUUAAAAGAAAAAAAAUACAUACAUAUGUACAUAAUAUAAAUAACGCACAUGCAUGCAUACAUACCAUUUACUAUGUAUAUGUGCGUGCAUGUGCGAUUUUUGGUGGUACUUUGCUCUCUUUUUCGUCGCUUCAAAGCAACAACAGCUUUAGGCCUUUCUGAGAUGUACCAUAAAUGUAUAUCACUGCAUCCUGCUUGAGUAAUUAUUUUAUAUAUAUACAUAAAGAAAAAUUCAAAAAAAAUAAAAA